GAGAUUUCUCCAUUUUCUCCUUGUCUACAGUACGGCUACAAAUCUGGGAUUUUUUAUUACUUCUUUUUACUAAACUUGGGCUCCUUUUUUUUUUUUUUUUGCUCGACUUUUUCCUCCUUUUUUUUCCCCUCCCUCCUGUGCUGCUGCUUUUUGAUCUCUUCAACUUUAAAUUUUUUAAAAGGAGUGCAUUAUAAUCGGUUCUGUUCUCUCUUCUCUUUUUUUUUCCCCUCUGGUGUGUGUGUGUGUUGCUGCUGCUGCUGGUCGCCCAGUAUUUAUACCAACCCAACGCUCUUUGUUUCCCCUCCUUUUGGAUCUGUUGAGUUUCUUUGUUGAAUAAGACAGCAUGGGUGCCCAGUUCUCCAAGACCGCUGCAAAGGGCGAAGCCUCCGCCGAGAAACCUGGGGAAGCAGUGGCUGCAUCUCCAUCCAAGGCGAAUGGACAGGAGAACGGCCACGUGAAGGUGAACGGCGACGCCUCCCCCGCGGCGGCGGAGGCGGGCAAGGAGGAGGUGCAGGCCAACGGCAGCGCGCCCGCCGAGGAGACGGGCAAGGAGGAGGCGGCCUCGUCGGAGCCCGCCUCUGAGAAGGAGGCGGCCGAGGCGGAGAGCACCGAGCCGGCCUCCCCGGCGGAGGGCGAGUCCUCCCCAAAGACUGAGGAGGGCGCGACCCCCUCAUCGAGCAGCGAGACCCCGAAAAAAAAAAAGAAGCGCUUUUCCUUCAAGAAGUCCUUUAAGCUGAGCGGCUUCUCCUUCAAAAAGAACAAGAAGGAGGCCGGCGAGGGGGCCGAGGGCGAGGGCGCCGCCGCCGCCCCGGCGGAGGGCGGGAAGGAGGAGGCGGCGGCCCCCGAGGCGGCGGGCAGCGAGGAGGGCAAGGCCGCCGCCGAGGAGGCCUGCGCGGCCGCCGCCGGCAGCGCCGAAGCGGCGAAGGAGGAGGCGGGGGACUCGCAGGAGGCCAAAUCGGACGAGGCCGCCCCCGAGAAGGCGGCGGGAGAAGAGGCCCCGGCGGCGGCGGCCGAGGAGCAGCAGCCGCAGCAGCAGCAGGCGGAGGGGAAGGCGAAGGCGGCGGAGGAGGCGGCGAGCGCCGGCGCCGCCACGAGUGAGGCCGGCAGCGGCGAUCAGGAGGCGGCCCCCGCGGAGGAGCCGGCGCCGGCGCGGCAGGAGCCCCCCUCCGAGAGCAGUCCCGAGGGACCCGCCGCCGAGCCGGCGGAGUAAGCGCCGCCGCCGCCCCUCGCCGACGGACUUUUCUUCCCCCCUGUUUGUUUGUUGGAGUGGUGCCAGGUACUGGUCUCGGAGAACUUGUCUACAACCAGGGAUUGAUUUAAAAGAUAUCUCGUUUCUUUUUUUUCUCUCCCCCCGCAGCUCCCAUUUUAAAUCGUUGUGUGUUGCCGCCAUUCCAACGGGCCGAGGGGGGCCCCCCUCCGCCCUCCUCUCCCACCCUCUAUAUUUUGGGGUUUUUUUUUUUUUUUUUUCAUCAGUAUUAAUGUUUUGUUUUGGUUCGGGUUUUUUUUUGGUUUGUUUUUUCUGUUUGUUUUUUUGAUUUUUUUUUUAUACUUUGCAACUCUCUUCAUAUUAUAAAACUUUUCCUGAUCGGUCUAUGGACAUGCCCAUAUAUGAAGGAGAUGGGUGGGUCAAUAAGGGAUAUCAAAUGAAGUGACAGGGGCCGCAGUGGGGAACCUGGGGCGCGCAGCCCUUGGCGGGAGUGCGCCCCGUCAGAAAUGAUGUAAGGGGUUAGUCUUUUUUUUAAAAGAAAGUUAUUACGAUGUAUUUUGUGAGGCAGAUGUUCUAUAAGGUUUACAACACUACAAGUCUUGAUUAAGAAGGAAAGGAAAAAGGAAAAAAAAAAAUAAAAAUCAAUACCCAGAUAAAGAGAUCAUAGUCUUAGGAAUUCAUUUAAACCAUAGGAACUUUUCACUUAUCUCAUGUUAGCUGUAUCAGUCAGUGAUUAAGUAGAAAUACAAGUUGUAUAGGCUUUAUUGUUUAUUGCUGGUUUAUGACCUUAAUAAAGUGUAAUUAUGUAUUACCAGCAGGGUGUUUUUAACUGUGACUAUUGUAUAAAAAAACAAAUCUUGAUAUCCAGAAGCACAUGAAGUUUGCAACUCUUUCCACCCUGCCCAUUUUUGUAAAACUGCAGUCAUCUUGGACCUUUUAAACACAAAUUUUAAACUCAACCAAGCUGUGAUAAGUGGAAUGGUUACUGUUUAUACUGUGGUAUGUUUUUGAUUACAGCAGACAAUGCUUUCUUUUCCAGUUGUCUUUGAAAAUAAAAGAAAACUCUUCAGAUGCAAUGUUUUUUUUUGUGUAGCAUCUUGUCUAUCAUGUUUUUGUAAAUACUGGAGAAGCUUUGACCAAUUUGACUUAGAGAUGGAAUGUAACUUUGCUUACAAAAAUUGCUAUUAAACUCCUGCUUAAGGUGUUCUAAUUUUCUGUGAGCACACUAAAAGCGAAAAAUAAAUGUGAAUAAAAUGUAUAA